CCGACCCCAAUGUUCGCGUCGCUGCUGUCCCCACCUCGUCCGCAACCUUGGACCUUGCUUUUUAAGGUAGGAUCCAGGGAUCCAAAAGCGAGGUCUCCCCGAGCUACGGAGAAUGUGAUUGGAAGCAACCACGGUUUCAUUCAGAAAUGGCCACACCAGGGAGCAGUGCUGGGGCUGGCAGCAGCAGCACCAGGCCGGUGAAUGGCGCAGUUGCCGUCAAUUCUGCUGCGACGGCGGUCGGUUCGGCCGAUGCCAGAUUCCGCUCCCAACAACCACAUCAGCAGAGUAGAUGGGCUGGCUGUUUUUCUGGCUUGUCAUGUUUUGGAUCGCAGAAGGGUGGAAAGCGUAUAGUUCCUGCAGCACGUAUGCUUGAUGGGAAUGCGUCAACUAACCGUGGAAAUGCUCUUCAAUCUGGUAGAAAUUCCAACCAAAAUGGAGCUAUGAAUUUAUCUCUGCUUGCACCACCAUCAUCGCCUGCAUCCUUCUCGAACUCUGCUCUUCCUUCGACUGCUCAGUCACCUAACCGCUUCCUGUCAAUAUCUGCAAACUCUCCUGGUGGCCCAACGUCUAAUAUGUUCGCUGUUGGGCCAUAUGCCAAUGAACCUCAACUUGUCUCACCUCCAACAGCCUUUUCAACUUUCACAACUGAGCCCUCUACAGCACCACUGACCCCUCCUCCUGAACUAGCUCAUGCGACCACUCCGUCCUCUCCAGAUGUUCCAUAUGCUCGGUUUCUUUCAUCAUAUACGGGUCCUAAAACUGCUGGCAAGGAGCAUAACAUGCAUUACGUGUCAACAACAUACUCUGGUGGUUUAGGACUCCAGGGAUCUUAUCCACUUUACCCAGGGAGCCCUUCUAGCAGCCUCAUAUCUCCUGCCUCAGUAACUCCAAGGACCGGUCUAUCCUCACCAAUCCCUGAGCAAGAUGUUCCUACUGCACACUGGAAGACAUCUAGGUCUGUCUGUGACACACCAUAUUCCAUUGCAUCGCCCAUUCCUGAGCAAGAGGUCCCUACUGCACAGUGGAAGACGUCCAGAUCUGCUUGUGACACACCGUAUUCCAAUACAUCGCCAUCAAAUAUUUUUGGACUUGAUUCAGCUGCCCCUAGAAACUGUCUGCUAGAUACCAAUUUUUUCCGUCCAGCGGCAUCUGCUCAGUUCUACCUGGAUCAGGCUCAACAGUCAUUUCCGUAUAAUGGUGGAAGGCUUAGUGUCUCAAGGGAUAAGCAAGAUGCUGAUGAGGUUGAAGCAUACAGAGCAUCAUUUGGAUUCAGUGCGGAUGAGAUUGUUACAACUCAACAUUAUGUAGAAAUACCAGACGCGCUGGAUGAUGGGUUCAGCAUAUCCCCAUUUGGAAACAAUGCCCCUGCUACUGAGGUGUCCCCAUUUAACGAUGUGCCUAAUGAGUUUCAGAAAGUUGAUAAAAUGGAUAAAUCACUCUUCAAUGCAAACAUGAUCACAAGCCCAAAGAAGUCGCCAGACCAGAUUUCUGGUGGCAGUCCACAGAAAGUACUGCAUUUGGAUAUAUUCAAAGGAACGAAAGCGGGGCAUCUGUCUGAGGAUGACGCAACCACGAAAGACUGCCAUCCUUUCAGGAUGGCGAGGGAUGAAAUAUCUCUAAAACCCAUUGAGGUCAGGAAGAGAUCUCCGCCUGGCCAGGCAUGCUCGGACGCUGAAAUUGAGUACAGAAGGGCGAGGAGUUUGAGAGAAGCCAACGGUGUUCUGUCAUGGCGCAGUACACUGUCAAGACAGCUGCAGUAAUGGUGCUCUGGUAUGCAGGACAAGUUUGAUACUCCCUUUGUAUAGUGAUCUAAACGCUCUUAUAUUUCUUUACGGAGGGAGUAGUUCCCUUAGCCUAGUAUGCAUCAAGUCGAGCCGAGCCGUAACCGAAGAGUAGCCUGUACUUCGGGGUAAAAAACGAAUGGCAUCUACUACUAUAUAUAUCUGGGGAUUUACACAGCCAGAUUGCUGUGGGUAUGUGAUGAACAGCUUGUAUUCUACUACUUCCUAUUUAAGAUCACCAUGUUCCUCUUUUGUAUAAACUCUCUAAUCGUUAGGCGGAGCAAUGAAAUGAAAGGCUGUGCAUGAUUACUUUGAA